AGGAAGGGUAUUUAUGCCGGAGCAGAUCUGAUGAGAUGAACACACUGAGCAGUGAUGACUCUCUACAAAGUGAUCUGUGUGGCAGCUCUGCUGACUCUACUGGCAGCAGUCUCCAUACCGAACCCAGUAUCAGAGGACAGCACCUCUAACAUCACGUCGAACAGAAAGUUGAGACAGAAGAGAUCCUCCAACAUACCUGGUGCAAGCGCCAACCUGGAUUGGGUGUAUAGGAGUUCUGGCAGUUCUCUUCCUGAUGGAUCUGUGUCGUUUUACAACAACUACGAACACCGCCUUGACUACAUCUGCCAAUGUGGUUGUCAUUCAGGUUUCCACACCGCAAGAAGUAAUACGUGCAACUACGGCUUUGCUAGGGAAGAGGAGGUAUGCUCUGAUUUUUGGGUCCUGGUGAACAAAGAUGAUUUUGAGGCUUUAGAGUGGAAGGCUGGCUCAGAUGGUUCAGUGCCUCAAAAUGCGGUCAAGACCUGCUCCGACUUUGAUGUAUAUGUUGCAAAGAACGAGUAUGGUCUUGGGAAGGUGCAUGCUAGACACGAGGCCUUCUAUCUUCCCUGGAGUGGUUCUGAGUAUAAGUACAAUGAGUACGAGGUCCUGACUAUGAACAAAAAUAUUUUCAAAGAGCACAUUUCUGAUGUGAGUUACAGGAUUGAUGCAGCUGAAAGAUUUAAGCAUCCUCCAGAGGUCAUGAGCAAGUCUACCAUUGUCAAUAAACAGUGCAGAGAAGUUACAAAAACAUCUAAGGUCUCAGUGACGUAUGAAGAAGAGAAAAGGUGGGAUACUAGCACUGCCAUCUCAGCUGGUGUCACAGCUAGCAUCACUACUGAAAUCCCAUUUGCUGCCGAGAUAGGUAUUCAGCUUAGUACUGAGGUAACCGACACAUUCUCCAGUGGGACCACCCUAAAGGAGUCGAAAAGCCUUGCUGUUGAUGUCGAAGUAACUGUGCCACCAAACCACUCCUGCGCUGCCAGUAUUAUAGGACAUAAGUUCUCAAUGAAUAUCCCUUACACAGCACGCCUCACCCGCACCUACCGUAAUGGGGAAACCACAUCAACAAUCAUCACUGGGGAGUACAAGGAUGUGAGCGUUGUAGAUUUCAAGUCUGUUGUGGAUCGCUGUGUUCCUAUACCCAAUGCUAAGCCUUGUGAAUGAAAGAAAAAUGGAAGAGUACUUAAAAGGUACUUAUGCUAAUUUCCAGCUCUAUAUUUUAGAUUUGUGUACUCCAUUAGAGUAGCUUUGCAUGAUUCACAGUACAAAAAAAACAUAUUAAUCUUAUAGUGGCCCUUCAUGCAGCCGCUCAGUUCAGUCUGUAGCAGGCUGUUUUGGAUCCCCGAACCAACAACACUGUUAUAUUGCAGCGUUUUCUCUUGUGAUGUAACUCUGUUCU